UCGUCUUGUAGGUGCAACGUUGUAGAACAUACACAAUGAACAGACCAGACUGCGUGUGAUGGUCUUUCUUGUGUCAAGUUCACGUGCGUGUGUGUGAGAGAGAAAAUAGACUAGUACACAAUACUACAGAGCAUAUGCUAGGCUAGUCCCUUGGAAUCUGCUGAUGAGAAGUGAAACAUCAUGGGAAUUGAAGAUGUUAGUGUGGUGUUUGACCGAUUGGACACAUGCAAACUUGGUUAUGUUACUGCUGGACAGCUGCUUGACCUGCACCAUACUCUGAACUUCAGUCAUGUUUCCAUCCAGCAUGUGAACACAGCCAUACAGCAGGUUUGUGGGCAGGACGGCGCGGUUACUCGCACAAACUUUGUGGAUGUGCUGAAGGAGAUAGAAAGGCUGCAGGCAAUACAUGAGCAGGCGUACUGGGACUUCCAGGCUCUAGAUUAUGAUGGAGAUCACAGGAUUACACUUAAGGAUGCUCUUAUGCUCUUCAAGGAGUUCCAUGGUGAGAAUUUCAGUAUGCAGACUUGGCAUGACUUUCUCAGUUCAAGGGUUGAGCCAAAUACAGAUGUAUUUUUUGAUGAGUUGUGUUCAUGGCUGUGUGUGCUUUCUUCUGGAGACGAAUGUUCUCAAGAGCAGAUGGCAGCUGAGAACACAAGACUAGCUGGGACACAGUUUGAUUUCCUGGAACAUCAGUAUCAUACUUUGUCACAGUUCAAGAAAGAAGACUCAAGCCAUUUAGAUGACAUGAAACACUGUGCUAAUAGGAAGCUCAGCAGAUGGAACCAAUAUGGAAUUGAGUCUGUACUGUUUGAUGAUGGCCGUGAUGUAGGACUUGACCAUGAAGUAAAAGUCCGAAGGUCAAGGGAGUCUGUUGGAAUGGUGGAACUCUCGGCUGCUCUAGACAACAAAUACAGCAAUUUACUGGACAAGCUGCUUCUGGAAAUGGCCAAAUAUUCAGCAACUGUGGACACUGAAAUCAGCGAGAUGUACCAGCAGCUGAAACAUGAAAGCUUGGCUCUGAAGGGAGGCAACCUGGAAGAAAAGGUGUCUGACAUGGCUGGUAGUCGGGCCUGGUUGUCUGGUAGUGUUGCUAGCUUCAUGGGAGAAGUUGGAGCUCCUCUGGAAAGGCGGCACAGGGAGCAAGAGGCUCAAGUACUACAAUUAAAAGCAGAAGGGAAAUCUGACCAGUUUAUUACGGAUGAGAUGACGUCACUCUACCGUAACAGUCUGGCUGGAGCCACAACAUAUGGAGAAGCUAUCCUGGAACUGCUUGAAAGACAGAAGACAGAGAAAGAGGCAAUUAUAAAACAAGUACAGGGUGUACCAUCUGCCAUGUUUGUAGAAUAUGCCUCCUUGUCUCGUCAGUGCAUCAUACUCGGAGAGGAGUCCGAGUUCAGCACUGGCAGUGUUGCUGUUGGCUUGGCUGAGAGACAUCCAGGCCAUUCCUACCCAGGGUAUAACUGGGAUCGGACAAGGUCUGAAAGUUUAGCAAAAGAACGGCUGGAACAGCAUAUUGGACAUCGGCCAGUGAGAACAGGUGGUGUUGUCACUGAAGUAGACAGUAGCGAUGUAAGCCGGCUGGACCUGCAGAUACUGGUGGUAACUGAGCUGGAGAGGAAGCAGUACUUGGAGAGAGAGGCUAUCAUUCACAUGCUACAAGGACAUGACAUGCAGGCUGCAGUAUAUGGUGCAAUGAAGAUGUCAGCUACAGAGCGCAAGAGACGAGCAGUUAUGUUGAGGAACCAACAUUUGAGCUGGCGUGAGAGUGUUAAGAGUGACAGUCACUCCACUGCUCACACUGAUGUGCUGCAAGAAGGAGUGGGCCUUUACUGGGCAGAGCGACAGGCCAAGAUACAACAGACCAUUACCAACCCAACAGACAGGGAGAUAGCUGCCACUAUCUUGGCUGAUCUACAGCAUUCUGAAGAGGUGGAAUUUCAGAUCAAAUUAUCAGAUCUGCACAAUAAGACAAUGAAGGAACUUAGUCAGAUACUGAGGAAAGAAAGUCGAAGUCAACUGCUGGAACAUUUUGACAACAUAGCUUAUGUAGUGCUUGGUGCAGUGGAGAUUGGCGACAGUGAGAAGGUGUACAUGGAUGCAUUACAGGAGAAAUACAGAGUUCUACGUGACGCUGUGCUCCUUUUCUCAGUGAAAGACCAGUAUGGUUCAGAGUGGAUCAGGUUUUCUACUGACAGACAGCAGAAGGAGCUUCAGCGAGCUCAGAAAGAGGAAAAGGCCCUCAGGGGAGAAGGCAGACUAGAGGAAAUGCACAGAAUCAUUGGACCCAAAUCACAGACCCUGCCAAGCCUACAAGCUUUGAUGGGGCAACCUAAGCAGUUCACCGAUGAGGCUGAAACACCAGUUCCAGCAGUCAAUCUUCUGGCUGACCUUGUUAGCCGAUAUGACAGAGAUCAAGACAAUCUUCUCAGAUGGCUGAAAUCUCCUGCAUCAAAGGACCUUACUGCAGUCAAUCGCAGACUACACUUGCUUUAUCUUCAUUUGGAGACAUUAUGUGCAAACAUGGAGACUGACUAUGAGGCAGUUCUGAUGGCGACAGGUCUUCUGGAGAGAGUGUGUGCAGGUCCCAGAUGUGAGAGCGACCAGGAAAGACAACACAAUUUGGCCGUAAGACGAGCAAACCUUCGCAGGGAACAUAUUCAGAAGGGACACUUGAGACAAGGCAUUGUGUGCAGAUCUUGUACUCCAGCAGGUGAUGUGUGUGUGUGGAGAGAGGCUUAUGUACAGGAGGUGUAUUACCGCCACUGUGAGGAGCGAGAACGACUGCUGUCCCUGCUUCAAGAUGAAUCUCUCAGAGAACUUACUGAAGUGGCAGCGAGCAUGCCGACAAGUGAGAGGGUUGAAAGACUAGCCCAGCUCCGAGUGAAGAAGGCCCAACUAGACUUGCAUCACACAGAUGACCUGCAGGAUGAGUAUACGGACCUGGUGGAGGAAGCAGCAGUGUUACAGACAGUGUGUACAGCUGAAACACUCACCAGGAUGCACGACCGCCCAGCCUUACCAGGCCAGGUUACUUCCGCCAUUCUGGUCAGUCUUCAGAUUGUGCAAGACAUGGAGAUGGCUGACCUUCUGCUGACACUCCCUCAUAAGUGUGAGGAGGAGGAGCUGGUGAGGCUGUGGCAUGGGGAGGCUGAUGCAAGGCAACAGAAGACGACCUGCAAUGUGUACAAUGUGCUCACAGCCUAUGAGGGAGAUGCAGAUGACAAACAUGUGCUUGAAAUGCUUGAUGCCAAGUACUCAGUGUUGAGAGAACAACUUCUAUCAUUUGCAAUAUCCAUAAAUGAGGGAACAACUCCCAAGGCUCACCACACACACCUGCAGGUGCUCAAGGCAAAAGAACAAGCACUAUGGAAGAAAGGUGAAGUGGCAGAACUGGACAAACUACUCACUUUCACCCUGAGUGAGGGGAUAUCUGGCUUGAUGGGACUUGACAGAGAAAAAUUUCACAAUACACUUUCUUCAAUCAAAGCAGAAACAGGUAGUGUGGUGUUGAUAGAAGAGGAUCCAAGCAGCAGCAGCAGCUCCAGACUGUCCGACCUGCUGACUCGCUACACCCAGGAGAGGAUGUACAUCACAUGUCUUCUGCAAGGCAAAACGGGAGAAUGUAUGACAAUAGCACACAGAAUAACCCUACUGGCAAGGUUAUACAGAGAAAUCAACAUUCUACUAGACAUUGGACAAUCUGGAGCAUUUGAGAUCGCUGCCAUCUCUGUAGGCCUUGCAGAAAGGCAAGACAAAACACAGUAUCGAUUAAGAAAUGAGAGAAAUCGCUACAUCAGUUUUGCAAGCCAUGUGUGGAAUACUGGCAGCGAUAAAUCUUCGAGGCCAAGUCAGAAACAGCCAUAUAUGUCCAGAACAUCAAGUCUCACUCAACAGCAGAAGUCAAUAGUGGACUCACUUGAGAGAUAUCAUGAUGUGGAGCAGCAAGUCUUCCUGUCCAUGCUGCACAACAAAGUAGAGACGGAUCAACACAUGAAAGCCUCCCUCAGCACCCAGCAACAGCAUGCCGACCUCCUGGCCUCACUCACGACACAGCUCUUUUCUCUCAAUACAGAUGACCUGCCAGGACAUCGGAGAAUCCUGCAACAAGCCACAGUGAUCAAACAGGAAUGUCGCCGAGCACAGCUACCUAAAGACAGCCAGACUGAUAGCAGUGCCUCCAUCUCUCUCAUGGCCGACCUUCUCCUGCAGCAGAACAAGGAUGCAGAGUCGUAUCUUGUGUCAAUGGGAUGUUUGAGUCCAGAUGAACAACUGCAGAUGCUCCAGGAGCUGAAGGACCUGGGCAAUGGAGGGCGAUGUGCCAACAUAGCAGCUGUAGUAUUUGCUUCAGACUCAGAGCAUCUACUCACUGACCAGGAUAUUAUCCAAGCUGUGGAUGAAAAAUAUGAUGCAUUAAAUGAUAAACUGCUGAUGGAAGCACUAAUCAGUGAGCUAGGAGAAGCUAACUGGCUUAGACUGAGUGAGAAGGAGAGACAAAGGAGACUGAUGGAACUGAAACUCAAACAGAGACAGUUGAGGAAGCAGGGACUAGUGGAUGAAGCUGCGGCUCUACUUGGGGACUUGCAGAAACAUAAGGAGACUUUGCGGAGUCUGAUGGGUGAGCGUCGUGAUGAACAGGAGCGGAGGAUGAGAGAGAGGCUGGAGAAAAGGAAGCAGCGUCUUGCGGAGGGCCUCAGCACUGAUGAGUGUGACCAGCUGGAACAGGACGACAUCAGGAGAGAAGAGACAGACGACAAACAGAAAAAUAUCUUGCAGCAGAUGGAACAAAGGAUUGAAGAGGAGAAAGCUUCCCUACUCAAGCAGCUGCUCCAAUCUGGAGAUGACAUGGAAAAAGAGCGAGAGCGCCAGGCUGCCCUUGCCCGUCUCCGACUGGAGCAACGCAGGGUACGCCAGGAGGAGAACUUUGAUUCGGCUGCUCUCAUGUUGGGUCUUGUGGAGGAGCAAGGCGAGAAAGUUGAGUCUCACAAGAGCGAGGAACGUGCACGACAGGAGAGACUGGCUCACGACCGUCUGGAAGCAGCAAGACGCCGGCGGGCCGCUGGUUCUGCUCAGCAUGUAGAUAGUGUUGAUGUGGAUGUGGACACAGUGAUGGACAAUGACCUGAUGAUGAUGUUGAUGGAGGUUGUUGACAAGAAGCACCAAGCAGAGAGGGCUGUUUUCAUUCAGUGUGCAGAUGAUACAUCCUGUGGAGGAGAAACACCAGUCAACAGUAGCACAGAAGACCUGAAGGACAGGCUGGAUGUUCUACAAGGGUUUAGAGAAGGCUGGCGCAAGUCUCAUACAAAGCCUCCACAAGAGCAGACAGCAAUAUUUCAGGAAGCAAUGUGCUAUAUCAUAGAGUUGAAGAAUCGACAAGACAAGGCCGGAGAAGUUGUGCACUGUGACCAUGUAAUAACCCUUCUGGCAGACCUACAACAUCACCAGGGGCAAGACAUGAGCCACAUCUUAGCCCGUGUCCAGAAACAGGACCUAAGUAUGAUACGCGAAGAACUUCGGCUUGCAGUUGAGGCAGUUACCAAGUGCUAUCAUGACAAUGUGGCAACUGUUUUGUUUCCGACAAUGUGUGACCAGAAGAGCUCUAGUGAAGAGCUGCUACAGGAGUUAGACCACAAGUAUGAUGCUUUAAGAGACAAACUUGUCAUCGAGGCCCUCAUGAAGCAGUAUGGGGAGGUGCAGUGGUCACACAUGACUGAGCAGGAACGACAGACACACAUCAUACAGAAACGUCUGGCAGAGCGACGACUUCGCCGAGCUGGAAAAUUUGAUGAGGUCAACCUAGUGCUUGGCAAAUAUCUUCAAGACAAGAAAGGUCUGGAAGAGAUGCUGAGUGAGUCGCAGGAUGUACAGCGAAGGAAGCUAGAGGCACAGAUGGAGAGGCGGAGACAACUACGAGAAGAGCGACAUAGUAAGGGCAUGGCUGCAGAUGAAGAAUUUCUUGACAGCAUCUUAGAGGAAGAAGAAGAAAACAGCUCAGAGAGAAAGAAUAUUCUUGAGACACUGGAAGUUCAGUAUGAGGAGGAGAAAGCUGCCUUGCUUGCUCAGCUUGGAGCUCAGGAAGACCAGAUGCAGCAGGAGCGGGAGAAACAGGCAGCUAUUGCAAGACUGCGGCGGGAUCAGAAGCUGCUGCAGAGAGAAGAUGAUCUGGAUUCAGCCUGCCUUGUUUUCAGUAUCGGGCAGCAAGCAAUGAGUGACCAUGAGAACAGUUUUGCACGUGAACGUGAACGACAAAAACAACUGGCUAACGAUCGACUGAAUGCCCUCAGGAAAAGAGAGAAGGGACAAAAUCUGGAGCAGGAUGUAGAGGGUCUGACAGAAAUACUGGAGAAUGAGAAGCUAACAAACAGAAUUGACACAGCAGUAGAGCAGCGGUUACUGGGGGACAUGGAUGAGCGCCACAGGGAGGAGAGGGAGAUACUUAUACAGCUGCUGCAGGCUGCCUCUGCUGACACACCCGCUCAGAAGACUGCUAAGAAUCACAAGGCUGUUCAGGAGCUGAAAAAGCAAUUAGCUAGUCUUCAGCAAGAACACAGCAAGUGGCUGAACAAGAGCCGGCAAACAGUACUUGGUGAAGGCCAGUCCAUUCCAAGGGACACAGCUGAAAGAAGAGCUGAACAGUUCCACCUCCUGAAGAAGGCCCUGAUAUACAGACUAGAAGUGGAGAGAAGACUUGGACAGGAUAAGUCCCUAGAUGACCAAAUUGAUGUCGAGAUUCUCACUGACUUGCAGCAGAAGCAAACUAGGGAUGCUCAUGUGUUUGCUUCACUGAUUACUAAUAAGGAGGAGGCUGUGCUGGAGAAGCUGGUGAAAAUGCAAGGGCUGGCAAGGAGGGAGGGAUGGUAUGACAAUCUCACUGCAGUCUUGUUUACGGUCAGUGACGACCAGCCAGUGGUCAUCACAGAGGACUCUGCUAAAGUCCAAGACAUUACCCAGAUAGAACAACAAAUAGAGGAGGAGUUUGACAGAGAGAAGGAAGAAGCCCUUAAAGCUGGUUUCGUAAAGCGAAAGCUUUCAUUGUCAGCACUGGUAGAGGGUCAGAAUGUUGAUACAGCAGCCAUCCUUCAACAACUGGAGGCUGACCAGACCAUGAGGAGGCAGGCCAUUCUAGAGCAACAUACACGGCAGAGGCAAGAGAUGGAACAGAAGCUUGCAGCUCGUAGAGAAGCCAGCACAAACAGGGAGUUUGAAGCAGCCACUGCGAUGCAACUCCUCAAGAUGGCUGAAAAUCAGUCCCAGGCAGUCAGUGAUAAAGUGCACUCAGAGAAGGGCAGACAAGGCACUUUGCUGCAGGAAAAGUUGGCUGCCAGACGACAAAGUCGCCAACGGCUGACUGCAGUGGAUGAAGAGGUCAAACAAGACCCAGCUAUUAUGCCAUCUCUUGUGCGAUCAGGAAGCUUGAAGCGUGAGAAAUCUACAGUGGGAGUGGAGGUCAGCGAGGAUGACAAGCAGGCUGUGACACGCCAGCUGGUUCGGCAGCAGGAGAACCUGAAGAAGAAAAUGGUGGAGGAACAAGAGAGACAAGAACAGAUGGUUAAACAUCGCCUGGAGCAGAAGCGUGGCAAGUUUAGGAAUGAAGCCGCAGAGAUAUACAGUCUUGGAGAUAGACAGAAGACUUUCUUGGAGAAGUCUCAGAAGGAUGAGCGGGACCGCCAACUCUCUCUGAUGGUGGAGAGAAAGAACCGAGUACUGUAUGAACGCACCAAGACGCAGCGCAGCAGCACAUCUCCUGACAGCAGUGGUUUCGAGGAGAUUGUGAAGAAGGAAGGACUUCAUCUGACCACUGAUGAGAAAAUGGAACUGGCAGCACAGCAGCUACAAGAAAAGUUUCAAAGAGAGUCUGAUGCUCAAGUGGGAUCAGGCAGUGUGCUGCUAGGUGACCAGGCCCGGUUUGACCAGCUGAAGGCACGGAGACAGCAGCGACGGAAGAAAGGUGCAGCAGAAGAACAGACACAAUAACAACACAGUCAAUCUGGGGAUUUAAUGCUGCAGAAGAGGGAGUGUCAUCCUUCGGCUUACCACACAAAUAAUGUUUCCCAUAUUGGAUAUAUUUUGUAACUUACUGGUAUUUUCAUUGUGUAUUCAUGCAAUUGUCUUUUUUUUACAUUUUAUUUAUUUGUACUUAACAUUUGUUGAUGGGAGUAGCAGGUAUACUCUCAAACAAACCUGAUGGGUGAAGGUGAUGUGAGAUUAUUGAUACUGUCAGACAUUACUUAUCAAUAUUGUAUUUUCAUAUGCCUGAUGUGUUUUUCUUUGUCAAUUACAUAAACUGUCCACCUCUGUUGGACAGCAUUUUGGUGCAGGGUGUAUUUUGUUACAUGUACACAGUGUAUAAUGAAUGUCUAAGAUUUCAUUACAAUCUUCUGAAUGUCAUAUUCCCUUUUGCAACAAAAUAUAAUUAUUUUCUUGCUGUUAGGUAAACCUUUCAAAACAGGUGCCCUCGGCUGGAAUAUGAGUUAAGGUUCACACAGUAUUGCUCUUUCAUGAAAUGAAUGUCAGUUGGUAAUCUCCCGUGCAUUCACAAGCCUCGUGAUGAAUGUCAGGGAAUAACUUCCAAGUGUUUACCAGUUAUUUUCAUGUUAAUUGGAAUCCUCCAGAGCAUUGAUUAAGAUCAAGCUAAACCUUUUCCAUUUUCCUUGUUUUGCAUUUUUUUAAAAACAUUUCUUGUAGUAGUUUGAACAAAAUCAGAAAUAAAUUGACAUUUCCUAUAAUGAUUUUUUUUGGUUCAAAGUGUUGUUAGAUUGUCUCUUCGGUUCACAUAUUGUAACCUGUUGUCCUGAACAUGUUAGUUUGGAUAAAUUCAAAAAUAGAGCUUGUCAGAUGUAUUAUUAAUGUCUAUGGAAUCCAUGAACCAAUCUUCACAAUAGGAAUUAGUCUCACCUUUAUUAUAUCACUAUGUCCAUUACCUGAGACAGUUAUAGGUGAAACAAUUCAACUAAAUGUCGAGGUCAUUACCUGAGACAGUCAUAGGUGAAACUACUCAACUUAAUGUCGAGGUCAUUACCUGAGACAGUCAUAGGUGAAAUAUUCAACUAAAUGUCGAGGUCAUUACUUGAGACAGUUAUAGGUGAAACUAUUCAACUAAAUGUCGAGGUCAUUACCUGAGACAGUUAUAGGUGAAACUAUUCAACUAAAUGUUGAGGUCAUUACCUGAGACAGUUAUAGGUGAAACUAUUCAACUAAAUGUUGAGGUCAUUACCUGAGACAGUCAUAGGUGAAAUUAUUCAACUUAAUGUCGAGGUCAUUACCUGAGACAGUCAUAGGUGAAACUACUCAACUUAAUGUUGAGGUCAUUACCUGAGACAGUUAUCGGUAAAACUAUUCAAUUAAAUGUCAAGGUCAUUACCUGAACUAAGGGUUAAAUGAAUCAUUUUCUUGAAAAGUCUUAUUUGAUUAUACUAGAUUAAAAUAACACUUUUAUGUCAGAACUACAUUCAGUCUUCCUCACUGACUAAACAUCAUGAGGAUAUAGUCUAUCAAGGUGAUGACACACUGAUACAUGAUGCUGUACAUGGUGAGGUAGUACCGGUACCUCCUAUUUGUGAAGUUGAAAAUGAUGUCCCACAGGAAACACCCAGAUCAGCCUCCAGUUGAGAUUGGGAAACAGAUGUAAUUGUGAAUCUUGGCGAGCAUCCCACGUGUCAAUGGGAUAAAAGGUAUUUAUCAUGUUUGAGAAUAUCAGUAUUAAUAAAGUUUUUAUACUCUU